CAGGUGAAGAAGAUGACGGGGAUGAUGACGUCACGCGGGAGGAGGAGGAGGCACAGGCGCUGAGCACGUGUCGACGGGAGGCGGGGGGAAGGAGGCGGAACAUCGUCAUCCUUUGGCCGCCUGGACGACGCAUAGGAUGCUGCUCGUACCCGGCCGGACCCAGUCGCUACCGGUCCCUGCGGAUGGCGAUGUUGUAACGUUGCGGAUGCGGGCAGUUGACCGAUAGACGACGUCGCUGACAGCGAACCGGCGACGCGCGUGAUGCCGAGCGGUCCACAUCGCCGCCUCUAGCCCGGAGGGGUGAGGGGAAGAGCUCCUCGCUCGUCUUUCGCCGCCUCGCUCUGCUGCGUGUGAGGUGCGCCGGAUGAUCGCCGGCCGGACACGCUGACGAUCCCCUCUGCGGCCGCGAGGAGCCCGAGGCUGGCUGCCUUGCAGAGAUGCAGGUGAAAAAUCAGAUGUGCGGCGAGCGCAUCAGCGGCGGCGGCGGCGACGAUGACCCGGAGCAGGACGACGUCAGUCAGAAGAAGAUCUCGUGCUUUUCCAACAUCAAGAUCUUCCUGGUGUCGGAAUGCGCGCUCAUGCUGGCGCAGGGUACCGUGGGCGCCUAUCUGGUGAGCGUCCUGACCACGUUGGAGAGGCGCUUCAACCUACAAAGUGCCGACGUGGGCGUCAUCGCCAGCAGCUUUGAAAUCGGGAACCUGGCCCUCAUCCUUUUCGUCAGCUACUUCGGCGCCAAAGCUCACCGGCCGCGGCUGAUUGGCUGCGGCGGCAUCGUCAUGGCGCUGGGGGCGCUUCUGUCCGCCUUGCCUGAAUUCCUCACCCACCAGUACGAGUACGACGCCGGCGACUCGUGGCACGCGGAGGACGGCCGCGACGUGUGCUCCAACAGUUCACGCUCGGACAACAACGACUCGGCCUACAAGUGCGGCGACCGGGCCAACACCAACAUGAUGUACCUGCUGCUGAUCGGCGCCCAGGUGCUCCUUGGCAUCGGAGCCACCCCUGUCCAGCCUUUGGGGGUGUCCUACAUUGAUGACCACGUCCACAGGAAGGACUCCUCUCUGUAUAUAGGUAUUUUAUUCUCCACCUUAGUGUUUGGGCCCGCUUGUGGCUUCAUCUUAGGUUCCGUCUGUACCAAAGUCUACGUUGAUGCCGUCUUCAUCGACACCAGUAAACUGGACAUUACCCCAGAAGACCCUCGGUGGAUUGGGGCUUGGUGGGCGGGCUUCCUCCUGUGCGGUGCCUUACUCUUCCUGUCGGCCCUCUUCAUGUUCGGCUUCCCUCAGGAGCUGGAUGAGCAGGGCCUGGACGGUGGGGGGGAGAGCGAGCAGGCCAUGCUGCCUUCUCCUCUCAGUCUGGACUUCCAGGACAAAGCGCGGGGCGGGAUCCACGGCUUCGACUUGAACAGCGGACUAUCCGUAUGCCAGCAUCUCAGAGUGAUCCCAAGGGUGACCAGGCACCUUUUGUCCAAUCCGGUGUUCAGCUGCAUCACGCUGGCUGCUUGCAUGGAAAUUGCCGUUGUCGCCGGUUUUGCCGCUUUCCUGGGCAAAUACCUGGAGCAGCAGUUCAACCUUACCACCUCUUCGGCCAAUCAGCUGCUAGGCAUGACGGCCAUCCCGUGCGCCUGCCUGGGCAUCUUCUUGGGCGGGCUGCUGGUUAAGAAACUGAACCUUUCGGCCCUGGGUGCCGUGCGUAUGGCCAUGGGCGUCAACCUGGUGUCCACGGCCUGCUACGUCUCCUUUCUCUUCUUGGGCUGCGACACUGGCCCCGUCGCCGGGGUGACGGUCGCCUAUGGCAAUGAGACGCUGCGGCACUGGCAGCGACCCGAGUCUCCUUGCAUCAGCAGCUGCAACUGUUACACAGCCUCGGUGAGCCCCGUGUGCGGCUCCAACGCCGUCACCUACCUCUCCGCCUGCUUCGCCGGCUGCACCAAACCGAACCUGACAGGUUGCGCGUGCAUAUCGAGCAGCGUUGAGGAGGCGGUGGCUCUGCCAGGCAAGUGUCCGAGUCCAGGCUGCCAGCAGGCUUUCCUCACCUUCCUGUGUGUCAUCUGCCUGUGCAGCAUGAUCGGCGCCAUGGCCCAGACGCCCUCCGUCAUUAUCCUCAUCAGGACUGUGAGUCCCGACCUGAAGUCCUAUGCCCUGGGAGUCCUCUUCCUGCUCCUGAGACUCAUUGGCUUCAUCCCGCCGCCACUGAUCUUUGGCAUGGGUAUCGACUCGACAUGCCUGUUCUGGAGCUCGGUGUGUGGCGAAAAAGGCGCCUGCCUGCUGUACGACAACGUGGCGUACCGCCACCUAUACGUCAGCAUCGCCAUCGUGCUUAAGUCGUCGGCCUUCCUGCUCUAUGCCACUACGUGGCAGUGUUUGAGGUGCAACUACAGGAAGUACAUCAAAAGCAGUGAGGGCUACCUGACGCCCACCGAGCUCUUCUCCUCCAACAUGACUCUGGACCGCCUGGGCAAAGAAGCAGCCCACUCGGAUGCCGCCAGCCGGACCAAGUUCGUCUUCAACUUGGAGGACCAGGAGGUGUCCGACAACAUGGAGUCGGUCUUAUAGUUGCGAUAGUGACUGGCCCGGCAGUAUUCUCCUCAUCAAGAGCCUCAUCUUCCUCUUCGCCACACAGAAAGGUUGCACUAAAAUCAUUUUCAUUUUUUACUGAAGGAUGGACAUACUUGAAAUUAAUUUGAACUUAUUUUUCAAACUUAACAGCAUUUAUGUCAAGGGUACUAAUUCCCCUGUCCAAUUAAAAGCAUGUAGCUCCGCCUCUUUAGCUGCCAAAACAAAAAGGUUUUUUGGUUUGAAAGAAAAAAAAUCAACAUAUAGCUUGAGCUGAGGAAAAAAAAGAUUUUGUUCUGUUUGAAAAAAAACAACACAUUCAAAUUUUUUUCUAAAGGUGAAAAAAAACAAAAUUGGUCUGAAACAAAAACUAUUUGACAAUUUUGAGUUUUUUUUUUAAAUUGGACACCAUAUUCAUGUGAACAUUAGAAAUAGGUUUAAAAACACCAUUACGCAUAAUUAUUUCAAUAAGAUGCUAUUAUAUACUGUGUAUUAAUGUGAAAAUGUUUUAGACAAUUUUAUAUUAAUAAUAAUUAAAAUGAACUAUUGAUGACGGUGAUUAGAUUAGUCUAAUUUAUCAUUUGUAGCUACUCAACUAGCAAUUAAGUGACAAGUUGUGACACUUGAAAAUGGAAUUUGCACAUUUAGUUUCAACACAAGUGGAUUUUAUUAGUGGAUCAACAAGAAAAUCAACAAGAGCACGAAGGCCAUCGCAGUUGCAGCGGAACCUCUAAAGUCCAAAUUCAGAUUUCCUGUCCAAAAUAAUGAAUGUAGAAUUUGUCAGUUUCUGGGCCAAUCAGCAAAGCUGGCAGUUUUAAUAAACGUGUUAAGGUACUGCAAGUGUGAAAUGUAAGGAACCACAGUUAGCAGUCAAGAGGAGUGGAGUGGAGUCAUACCACUUUGAAUGUGACAUCACUUCCUGUGUAUGUUCUUCUCUUGUUUGAGCCAAAGAAAACGCCAAGACACUUGCAAAGUGCAUCAUUCGAUUCUCGCUGAACAGAAAUCUGAACUCUUUAAGUGCAUGGAGAGCAAAAGUGAGAGACAAUGAUACAUUUAUUUAUUCAUCUAUUUAGGUACAAAUGGGGGGGGGAUCUUAUGGAAUUUGAAUAUCAAAUAAUGAAAAGAUUCAGGACAAUUGGAAAUGAAUAAACUAUUCAAACAACUAAUAUGAAAACAACUAUCGCUACAAGGGACAUGACAAGUGCAAGUCUAAAAGCCAAAAAAUCAAAACGUACACUGCAAAACAUCAAACACAAAACAGUAUUAGAAUGUCAAAUGUAUUUCCAAAAAAACAAAUGCCAUUGUCAAACAACAAUAUUUAACGACGAUUUAAAAAGGAUCAGAGCACAACAAACCAAUCAACGCAUCAAUGAAAAUAUCAUGCAGAAACAACUACCGGUACAUAAAAUGAAAUUGUCAGCGGGGGGGGGAGCAAAUGGUGACCUUGAAGGAAAUUUUAAAAGCCACCAAGGAAAAUUAAAAACAUCAUAUACAAUUCAUCAAACCAAGUGUCCCGUUCAAGUGGACUUCCGAGGUUCUACCACAACACCUUCGACGUAGCGUGUUGUUUUCAGUGUAGCAAACGGCACAGCCUACGUAAUCACACAACAACAACAACAUCAUUUAAUGGAAAAAAUAUCCAAAACCGGGACCUACCAUAUCCGCCGUCGUGCGCCUCCCUCCCACCUCGCGCGUGUGUGUUCGUGUACAUACCAAGUGCCAAAGUGACGCAUCACCAUGGACCUACGCCACAAACCUCUUCCAGCUUGUAUGUAGCCUCACCGCGACCAAUGCCGCACAUAAGCAACGACUUGGAUGUGUCCGUGCUCUAGAGGAAAGUAGGAUGACGUCGCUGCUGCUCGGUAGAACUUUCAUCAAGUGGACGUGCGAUUUUUCCGUUUGCAUCCCCCCUCCAAAAACAAAAUGGCGGACGAAUGAGCGUAACUGACUCUAGCGUGCCUGGGAUGGCCUCGACGACCAUUUUGUUCUUGCCGUGACAACACCGGCAAGAAGAAGAAGUAGUAGACGCUGUUGUUCUUUUAGCACUUCAAAUGUUUUUUGCCUUGUGAUGCGAAAAAGUAACCUUUCGAACAGUAAUGCCUUUUUUUAACUGUACGAAUGAUGAUGCAGAUUUCUUUAUAUGUUUCAUUCUUCCUGGUACUUUUUUGGCGGGGUACCUGAUUUAUGUCCACAUUUCUCAACAUAUUCAAAACCAUUCACAAAAUUCCAUCUUGGGAACCAUUUCCCCACAUUCACAAAAUUCCUACUUAUCGCCACAAUUCCACAUUUUCCAUGAAAAUAAAUUACCUUGAAAUGAGACAUUUUUCAAAAUUACCGCAAAAUGCAGUGAAUAACUCGCACCCGUGUAUAAUACGCACCCUCCCCCUAAAAUCAACCUUAAAAAGCAUUUUUCCCCCCUUGUUUGUAACUGCUUUUAAAAAUACUUUUGAUUACAUUUGCUCUUAAUUUAGGCUAUUAUGAAAUAUGCUACAAAUCAGUGAUUUUUUUAACAACCCCUGCGUUCUGCCCUAGUUGCUGGCAAACAUCUAAACAAUGUGAACAUUUUUCAUUUUUUAUUGAGCUCCCUUUAUAACGCCCCACUCUAGAUUUUGUUUUCCAAAAAAAUGAGUGUUAUUCACGGGAUGUUACAGGAACUCAUCCUUCUACAUUUCUCGACUUCUUCAACCCAUUCCAACUUGAAACUGUUCAGCUCACUCAAAACAUUCCCCACCCAUUCCCCCAAAGUACCAUUGAAUUUAGUAUUCUGCAUUUUUCCUGAAAUUUUUCGUAAAUUAUUGGAUACAUUUCAUUCUAAAAUCCUCUGUGGUAAAGCUUUUGUUUCAGUCCCAUUAUUUUUUUCAUCUUUAUUUCCCCAUUUCGAUUCAUUGCACAUUUCAGUUCCGCAUCAGCUCUUUCUACAGAAAUUUGCAUCCUCUAGUCAUGAUGAUGAAAUAUUGCUCUGUUUUUAUGAAUGUGCAUUGUGGUCACCUGGCAGUAGGUAAACUUUUUUUUUAACUUUGGGAACGACAUCUUCAAAAUUAACAGCACGGUUUAUUUGAGGCGAGGUGUUUUUCUGCAUAUGGCAGCAUGUUCCCUUGAGCUAAGAGAAACCAUAAAGUAAGCGGGGAUUUUCUUUGGAGUGGUUCAUUGGCUGAUUGUGUGCAGAUGACCUUUUAUGCAGAGGAGGAAAAAAAGGGCAUUUAAGUUUGAAAAAUAUCACUUAGUUUUGUUUUUUUAAUUAAGUUGGAUUUUGUUUUUUGACAUGAAUUUGUAUUUUUUUUAAAAAGCUUUACGUGCUGUAGAUUCUUUGGAAAGGAUUACGAUGAUUGUAUGUUCCUUGUAUAUAAAUUAAAUAUACUAUUUUUGCUUUUAA